UUCCACUUCCGGUUUCUGAAUGAUUGGUGAUGCAGUGGCGGCUCCUUGCGACCUUGUAAUCGAACUACAGUAGACCGGCAGACUCGGGCAGACUAAAUCAUCGAAUGUCUGUCCCGUCGCCGCUUUCAUCGUACACGGGUGAAUAGAUAAACAGAAUGUCAUUCCGAGGCCGAGGGGGUGGAUUUGGUAGAGGCGGCGGCGGCGGAGGAGGUGGUGGUGGAUUUCGUGGAGGAAGGGGAAGCGGAGGUUUUAGAGGCCGUGGAGGUGGCGGAGGUGGCCGAGGAGGUGGAGGUGGAGGUGGCUACAACAGAGGAGGUUUUGACCAAGGUCCACCUGACCAGGUAACAAAUCUUUGUCACUUCGUGUGGACGGUUCAAGACGACCUCGUAGCUAAGGCAGACAUUGAAGAUUUACCAUAUUUCAAUGCUCCCAUAUAUACUGAGAGUAAACAACAAGUUGGCAAAAUAGACGAAAUUUUUGGAAAUAUCAGAGACUACUAUGUGUCCAUUAAAUUGAGCGACAACAUAAAGGCUUCCAGCUUUGAUAAAGACACAAAGCUCUACAUAGAUCCUGCAAAACUUUUACCACUACAACGAUUCUUACCAAAACCACCUGGUUCUAUUCAGAAACGUGGAGGUCGUGGAGGUGGUGGACGUGGAGGUGGCAGAGGUGGUGGUUUUGGCGGAGGUAGAGGAAGCGGCAGAGGCGGAGGAGGUGGUCGAGGUGGAUUCGGAGGAGGAGGUGGUAGAGGUGGAUUUGGCGGACGAGGUGGUGGUGGCGGAGGUUUCAGAGGUCGAGGAGGUGGAUUCGGUGGGAGAGGUGGUGGAGGCGGAGGCGGAAGAGGACGAUGGUAGUUUAAAAUAUUUCCUUAUACGAUACUGCACAUAAAGAAAUGAUUCAAUAUAAUGAAUUGAAACUAUACUAAUCAAGAUUUUCAUUUCCAAAAAAUUCUGCAAUAUUGAUCGGUGAUGGAUAAAAAAUAUCUAACAUAAUUUCAUAUAACUAGAUCCUCUUACCUCAGAUGGAAGCAUACAUGAUGUGCUAGUUAUUACGUUCUAGUAAUAAUGAUAAUUCACCGAUUAAGUACAUACAGAAAACAAAUCCCAUGUAAUCCAUUUUUAUCUCAUGCUCAAAACACGUAUGUCCUACAGCUUUUAAUCACUCAGUGUAUAGUAGGUAAAAAGAAAGUUUCUAAUAUUUUGAACAUUUGACCAAGAUGUCUUGGAUCAAAACGUUUUUUUAUAUCAAAUGAUAGUAAUGAAUAAGCAUUAUCAAUUGCAAAGAUUGUGGAGAAGCUGGAUUUGAAACUUUAUUUUUUUAAAGCUAUUUUCUAUUCUAUCUAUAAUUAUUAAAUAGGAGAAAAAUAUCUAAUACUGUAAACGACAACUCAGAUGUUAAAUAAAUUCACGAAAAAAAUUA